CUAGAGGGCUCAGAUAUCUGUCUCUCUAUCAGUGUGUCUGUCCGUUCUUCUGGUCUGUAUGUGAGUUCGGGAUCUCCUCAUCAUGUCAUCCGCGGGUGUUGCAGGAGCGUGCGGACCCGGACCGACACCGGGACCGAAUCACGGCGGUUCUGGUCCCGCGUGCGGCGCGUCCAACCCGCGAAAGUUCAGUGAGAAGAUCGCGCUGCACACGCAGAGACAGGCGGAGGAGACGGCGGCGUUUCAGGAGGUUAUGAUGGACCUCACCUCCACACGGAUUCAGGCACAGAAGGUCCGAUUGGCCAGAACUCAGGGCCCGUAUUACAGCGGAUCUCUGCCCAACGUCAACCAGAUUGGCAGGAACACAUCUGAUCUGCAGGGCUCGUUUCAGUCUCCUCUGGACUCCAGUUACUCCACACGGCAUCAUGGUCUGGUGGAGAGAGUUCACAGAGACAGACGCUUCAUCUCUCCCAGCAGGCCUUACAGGAGACAAACAGACAGCUCUCACAGCAGCUCUGUGUAUCUGUCCCCGCCCCCUGACCCCAGCUGGAGAAGGAACUGGAACAGUAAUUUUCCCAUGGACAAGAGCCAGAUAUUCCAUCAGCUGCCAACCACAGCGCUCAACAGAACUAACUCAGAUUCUGCGCUGCACACCAGUGUGAUGAAUCCACCCGCUGCAGACCCUUUCAGUGCGGGACACACACUCCCUCCACAGAACAGAAGCGGCAUGUUCUCGUAUCCCGUCCCGCCCAUCGAGGAGAACAGCCCUGAUGAUGGACGACUCCUCAAACCCUGGGACUCCAGAAAGUUUCCGCUGCUCUCUUCACGACCAAAGUCCUGUGAGGUGCCUGGAAUCACUGUAUUUCCCUCUCCUGACCAGCAGGGCGGCGCUCCUCACGGCUCAACAGUGUUAAAUACGGGCGGCUCGCUGCCGGAUCUGACCAGUCUGCACUUCCCGUCUCCACUGCCCACCCCACUAGACCCUGACGAGCCUGGAUACCCACCUUUCAGUGGUGGCAACAGUACGGGUAACAUCACCUCCACCCUCACCCAGCUGGGCAUCAACACAUCCAACGCCUUCCACACACCAGGUCUGUCGCCGGGCACUCUGAGUAACCCCUCCCUCCAUUUGUCGCUUAGCAACCCCAACAUCCAAUCAUCUCUUAGCAGUCACUCAUUCCCCAACUCUCUGAGCUCCGCCUCCCUGCACUCAUCUCUCAGCAACCCCUCCCUCCAGUCCUCGUUAAGCUCCUCCCCCUCUCUGAGGUCAUCACUCAGCAACCAAUCGUUGCACUCCUCCCUCAGCAGUCAGUCCCUCCAAUCAGCAUCCAGUAAUGCCUGUUACAGUGGCUCGGGUUCAUUCUCUGCGCAGCCACAGGUCAGCACGUCCCCUCGCAGACGAGCGCAGCUGUCUCCUGUCAAUCUGACCCCAGACACGCGCAGACAUCACCCCAAACAGUUCUCGCCCACCGGCUCCUCCACUCUCACCUCCAUCACACAGGGUGUGGCUCUAGACACCAGUCAGCUGCAGGUGGAUCAGAGGUUGUCACCGUAUUCUUUCAGUCAGCAGAAACAGAUUCAGAAAGGUCUUGCUUCUGUGCAGACGAGCAGCCACACGCACACGGUCCUGCCGUCAUCACAGACUGCGCAGCUGCACCUGCACAACAUGCAGAACUUUCAGAUGCAGCCGCGGAAACUUCUGAACCAAAACCAGAACUCCAUGAGCUACAGGACUGCAGACGCACAGCAGAACCAGCAGCCGCAGGACAUGCAGGCGCAGACGGGCGAACCGACAGAGCAGCAGACAGCGCAGACUCGACCCGAUCUGCAGAACCAGCCACUCCCUCCCCUCCAGCAGAUCAGUCCGUCUUUUAGCAGUGAACUGGACUUUUAUAACGACGCCCUGUUUCUCAACUCCCUGUUGAACGACCCGUACAUGAGUCUGCAGUUAACCGGCCGACACAACCAGAACCAGAAUCAACAGUUGGAGGGUUUGAAUCAUGAUGUUGGUUCUGGUAAUGUGCUAAAGUGUCACUGUGGUUCCUAUCACUGCCAGCAGGGGACGCUGGAGCUGCUGGACUCCACAGAUCAACAGUUGCUCACUCAGAGUCAGUGUUCAAGUUACAGCGAGGGGCAACACACUGUACCCAACGUCAUACUCACAGGCGAUUCUUCAUCAGGCCUGUCUAAGGAGAUCACUAACGCAUUGUCAGGUGUCCCGGGCUUUGAGAUUGACCCGUUCUCUUCAGAUGACCCGCUCCGAAUGGACCCGCUGGCGCUGGAGGGUCUGAGCAUGCUCACAGAUGGAGACCUGAUGCUGGCCGACCCCACGGUCGAAGACUCAUUCCACUCAGACCACCUCAAAUGACGAGCGGGCCGUUUGUGAACGCGUUUGCUCUAUGAGCGGUCUCUUCUGUGGGGUCGAGAAACAGCAGGACGGACUGAUGAGCGUGACCGAGAUGAGAGCGUGGCACUUUUAGUGUACUGCGGUCAGAUUCUGAUGUCUUAGCUGCAUGCUAACCAAUGCACUGGUACACAUGUGCUUCAACUGCGAGCGUUCUGCCCUUUAACUUCAUGAGAUCAAACCAGCUUUAUGUAACACAGCUCAAGUGUGUAACGGAUGUUCAAGCACUUUCUGUUAUCUCAGUUGAAUGUUGAGAGUCACUAUCAGUAAUCCAUUGGUGGUUCCUGAAGAGUGUAAACACUGUGACUAUUAAAACAUCAUCUGUUUGAGCGGCCCGACAUGUCAACUUCUGACUCAACCAAUGGAGGGAGUUUGGGGCGGGACAGUUUGUUAAUCGCAACAGUGGAUAGCGGAGUACAAGUGUUUGGGUAACCUGUUUGGAAACAAUAAUUUUUCAGUUUGGAUCUGUUGUGAAAUUCUGAAUGAAAGCUGCACAUGUUCGUUCUGUUGAAUGGUUGAAAUCGUGCCACUAAAUGACAAAUAUUUGUGCAUACGUGUGUAACGGCUCUUUUCAGUGUCCGCGUGCGUUUGUGUAUGUGACCGAUACAGUCAUGUGAUCAGAUUUACUGUGAUUUACUCAUCUGCAACCUCCUCUGCCUGCACGAUUAUUCUCCAGAGCGAGGCCGUAUUUAGAAGAACCCUAAAUAAUACGUACUAUGAAAUUAUUUUUAAACAAGAGUUACUAUAGAUGUAUAUAAUCAUAUAAAUUUAUACAAUAAGGAAGAAAAGCUCAGAGCAUUCUGAUGAUGUUUUUUACCUGCACGUUUGUGUUUUAGGGGUUAAGAUUGUUCAAAUCUCACAAUGCUUUGACUUUUAUUGAGAUUUGUGACCGUCUCCGCAAUGUUUUGUGUUUUUUUUUCGACUGGUGUCCUGUAGGAUUUUGAUGUUCAACUCGGCGCAAGACGCUGCUAGUAAAACACGAGUUAGUUAACUGUGUUCUGUACGUUAAGGAAUAUUCCGGGUUCAAUACAAGUUAUGCUCAAUCAACAGCAUUUGUGUCAUAGUGUUGAUUAUCACAAAAAAUAAUUUCUUUUUCUUUAAAAAAGCACAAAUGUGUGUUCCAGUGAGACACUUACAAUGGAAGUCAAUGGGGCCAAUCUGUAAACAUUAAAGAGCAUCUAAUAUGGUUUUUAAAUGUGCCUAAUUUUGUUUUAAAGGUCUCAUACAAUAGAUGUACAUGCAUCCAAGGUCAAAAAACACUUUAAUUUGCUCAUAAUUUAAAUUGCAGCAUUACUUUUUUCCCCAGUGUCAAAAACGACUCGUUCAAUGAUCCGUUCUAAAGGAUUCAUUCUAAACUCCUCCUUUCAGAGAGCGUACUCUGCUCUGAUUGGUCAGAUGUCCCAGUCUGUUGUGAUUGGUCUACCGCUUAGUGUAGUGUUUGAGGGCGGGUCAAAGCUGUUCGCCAAUGAAGACCAGAGGCGGGUUUUUUGUUACCGAAUUACGUAGGUUAGUACAGGAAGUAAGUCUGGAAUCACUAACGACUCGUUUCAGGUGUUCAGAAUCGGUUCUUUCUUUUGGGAGUCAAUAACUCCAUUUGUCGUGCACUUCGAUUUUAGAAAUUUUGCAGACUUUUUUACAUUCACAAACAGCUAUAUAACACACUACAUGAAAGGUCAUAUUUGAACAAACAUAAUAGGUGCUCUUUAAAAUACUGUUUCAAAAGUAUAGACACAAGACAUAAACUUACUAACCGCAUCUGUGGAAAGAUAUAGCAAUGUUACAACUUUGUUGCCAUGACGACGUAACACCGUAAACCCUGUAAUCCUGUAAAAUUACAAUAUACAGUAAAACAACUUUACAGCUCAAAUAAUACACAAGUUUUAACAGAAAAAUUAAUGUAAGUGCUUUUAUAAAAUUAUUAGCUUCACAUUUCUGCCUUUUAAACCCUCCAAAAAUUGACCCCAUUGACUUCUAUUGUAAGUGUCUCACUGGAACACACAUUUGUGCUUUUUUAAAGAAAAGGAGGAACGAGUGAAAUUAAUGUUUUGUGGUAAUCAAUAUUAUGACACAAACGAUGUCGAUUGAGCUCAACUUGUUGUGACAAGGUUCUUUAACUCUCUGAAGGAGGAAGCGGGAGCCGGAUAAACAAUCCAACAUGAGUUUUAUUUACAACACUCUUUCAGUGUAAGACACAAACUAAUGGCUUUUCAGCACAAUCAGAGUCGCCCACAGACAGCGUCGUGCAUCUCUCUCUGCUCCGGCCGUCUGGACUGCUCUUUCAUCCCUCUCCAGCUCUCACUGCAAACACAAACAGCUGUUAGAGAUAAUUUCCCACAGGUGUCAAUCCUUACCGUUCUUCCUCUCCCGGCCUCGCUCUCCAAAGACUCAGCCACGCCCACAUCACCACACUUGUAUUGAACCUGUAAUGUUCCUUUUAAUGAAUCACAGCAGACACUCAUGCAUAAAUGAGCAAUUUUAUAUGCAGGACCAGCUUAAAAUAAUUAAAAUCAUUAAUUGAAUAUACCAAUUUAUUUCAUGAUAUCAACUUUCACAAAACUAGUCAUGCAUUUAGAUCAAAUCUUUUAUUAUUUUCAUAAUAAAAAUGGGUAUUUGUGAAUGUCCAACAGAAAUGUAAUGUUUAACAUUUUUCUUGAAAUAUUUCAAAAAUAAAUUGGUACAUUUUAAUUAUUAUAUUUAAUCAUUUUCCACAUAUAUUUAUACAGCCCUUUAAUACAGAGAUGAGAUAUAAAUCUAUUCAGAAGUGUAUUCAAAAUGUUAUGACAUUCAUAUGGUGUGUAUGAAGCAUGAGUGAGUGGUUUUAAAAAUAUUUUAAUGUUACAAACACACGAUGCUUAUGUAUGAUGCUUAUGUGCUGCUUAACGCCUGCCACUGCAUUGCACUGUAGAAUGAGCUGUUGAACAGCAUGAGUCUAAUAUAUAUAUAUAUAUAUAUAUAUAUAUAUAUAUAUAUAUAUAUAUAUACACAGUAUAUAUGAAAAAAACGACACCCUUCGCCUGAUAAUGACUCAUAUUUUACAUUCUCUUAUUGUGUUAUAUGCUUGAGUUCUUUGUUGUUAACUAGUCCUAGCUUUUGUCUAGGUUCAAUAUGAAAAACUAAAUAUUUGCUAUUUUAAAAUGUACUUUUUGUAUUGUUACUGUUCAUUUUUGUUAUUUUGAUAACCAGGGAAAAUGUGUAUGUUGUAAAUAAUGUUCCUAAAGCAUUGGCGCUUCUAACAGAACAUUUUUAAAGACAAUAUCCUCACUAUAUUUUACAGAAAAAUAAAGAAUUUUAUGAUUA